AUGGCUCGCGCUCCCUUUGUCGUUCCAGCGCUUAAGAAGCACACCGCCACUGUCAUCAUGGCCCACGGGCUGGGAGACAGUGGACAAGGAUGGUUGACUCUCGCCCAGAGUUGGCGCCGCCGCGGCAAGUUCGAAGAAGUCGCCUUCAUCUUCCCCAACGCGCCCUCAAUUCCAAUCACAGUUAACUUCGGCAUGAGCAUGCCUGGUUGGUACGAUAUCGCCAAACUCGGCCGCGACCUCGAUUUCGAAGAAUCUGUCCGCUCGCAGGACGAGCCCGGUAUCCUCCGCUCUCGCGAAUACUUCAACAAACUCAUCAAGGAAGAAAUGGACAAGGGGAUUAAGGCUUCGCGCAUUAUCCUUGGUGGAUUCUCGCAGGGCGGUGCCAUGUCAGUGUUCACUGGUUUGACUAGUUCUGAGAAACUGGGUGGUGUGUUUGGCUUGUCGUGUUAUUUGCUUUUGAGUGAUCGCAUCAAGAACUACUUGCCUGAGGAGUGGGCUAAUAAGAACACGCCUUUCUUCCUUGGACAUGGUAAGGAUGAUGACGUUGUGAGGUUCGCUUAUGGAGAGAAGACCGCGAAAUUGCUGAAGGAAACUGGGUUGGAAGAUGUGACGUUCAACAGUUACGAUGAUCUUGGCCACUCGGCUGAUCCCGAGGAGAUUGAUGAUCUCGAGAAGUUUAUCGAGAAGUCUCUCGCGGCAAACCCCUCCCCCUCCGCCGGUCUAUGA